CAAAGUGCGGCGUUUUCAUGGGCCUUGUGGAUAUCUUGCCUUUUCGCAGCUUCUACAAUAGGCAGUUUACAAAUGGUUGUUUUGUUGUAAGCUAGUAUUUAUUUGAUCGCGCAAUUCCAAAAUUGCAGUAGGAAAACCAACUGCCACUGUAGGCCAAGCUUUAUCUGGAUUGCUGUAUUUAACACGUUUCUUUUAACCAGUCAGUUUGCUCUGGUCGCCUGAGUCAAUUGUUCGCGACUCGACAUCUGUUUUACACCAGUUUUAAGAGGUUUCAUUUGGUGGGUUAUUAUUAUUUUUUUAAAUAUUAGGCCUACUUUUAAAUUUCGAAUCAGCAUUUUUGUUUUACAAUGGCGACCGCAACUUCAACUCCGGCCGGGCAAAGAAUAAGCUCCCGCACUGCCGGCAGUACUCCUCUGAGCCCCACGAGGAUAUCCCGGCUGCAAGAGAAAGAAGAGCUCUGCAACCUGAACGACCGACUGGCCAUUUACAUCGACAAAGUCCGAAGUCUUGAAUCCGAGAAUAGCGUUCUGCAUCUGCAAAUCAGCGAGAAAGAAGAAGUCAGGAGCCGGGAGCUUACGGGUUUGAAAUCACUGUACGAAACCGAGCUCGCGGACGCCAGGAGAUCCCUCGAUGACACGGCUAGGGACCGCGCGAGGCUGCAGAUCGAAUUGGGAAAGAUCAAAUCCGAGCAUGAGCAGUUACUACAGACUCACGCCAAGAAGGACGCAGACCUCUCCGGCACCCAGGCCCGGCUGAAGGACCUGGAGGCGCUGCUCAACUCCAAAGAUGCAGCUCUGUCCACCGCACUGUCCGAGAGGAAGGCCCUGGAGGCGGCCGUGGCUGACCUGCAAGCCCAGGUCCAGGAGCUGGAUGCAGGCUUGAUCGCAGCCAAGAAGCAGCUGGGCGACGAGACUCUGCUCCGCGUGGACCUGGAGAACCGCUGCCAGAGCCUGAUGGAGGACCUGGACUUCCGCAAGAACAUGUUUGAGGAGGAGAUAAAGGACACUCGCCGCAGCCUCGAGACGCGUAUGGUGGAGGUGGACUCUGGCCGGCAGGUGGAGUACGAGUUCAAGCUGCAGCAGGCCCUGAUGGACAUGCGCCAGCAGCAGGAGGACCAGCUCAAGCUCUACAGAGAAGAGAUGGAGUCCACCUACGUGGCCAAGCUGGAGAACGUGCGUCUGUCGUCGGAGAUGAACAGCAGCGCUGCCAGCAUGGCCCGCGAGGAGCUGAAGGAGUCGGCGCUCCGCGUGGAGAGCCUCGCCGCCCAGAUGGCCAGCAUGCAGAAGGAGUCUCGUGGCUGGCAGGAUCGCAUCAGCGAGCUGGAGUCAGCCCUGGCCAAUGAGCGUGACACCAGCCGACGACUGCUGUCCGAAAAGGAGCGUGAGAUCGCCGACAUCCGCGCCAAGAUGCAGCUGCAGCUGGACGAGUACGAGCAGCUACUGGACGUUAAGCUGGCCCUCGACAUGGAGAUCAAUGCCUACCGCAAGCUCCUGGAGGGAGAGGAGGAGAGGCUGAAGCUCUCCCCUAGCCCAUCGUCUCGCGUGACUGUGUCGCGGGCGUCCUCAUCGCGGAGCGUGCGCACCACACGGGGCAAGAGGAAGCGCGUGGAUGUGGAGGAGUCUGAAGCCAGCAGCUCGGUCAGCAUCGCCCACUCGGCCUCGGCCACUGGCAACGUCUGCUUUGACGAGCUGGACGUGGACGGCAAAUUUGUCCGUCUGCAAAACGCCUCCGAAGAGGACCAGGCCAUGGUGGGGUACGAGAUGACCAGAGUGAUCGGCGACACCUCGGCCACCUACAAAUUCACCCCCAAAUACGUCCUCAAGGCUGGGCAAAAAGUCACUAUCUGGGCCUCCAAUGCUGGCGUGAGCUCCAACCCCCCCACCGACCUCGUCUGGAAGAGCCAGAGCUCCUGGGGCACCGGGGAGGACGUGAAGGUCGUGCUGACUGACCCUCAGGGAGAGGAGGUGGCUGUGAGGAGUACGGUGUUCAAGACAGCCAGUGCUGAAGAGGAGGAAGAGGAGGAUGAAGACUACGACGAUGAGGACGGUGUGGAGGUAAUGGAGGAAGAUCUCUUCCACCAGCAGGGAGAUCCCCAUCCUGCCAAGAGAGGUUGCUCUAUCAUGUAAUCUCAUCCAACCACCUCCAGACCGCUCACCUCAUCCUCCAACAACUUGUCACUGCCAGCUGCCAACCCUACCAUCACAGAACUAUUUUUAUACCUUUUUAGUGAUUGUAAAAACAAACAAAAACAUUUUUUUUUCUUAGGUUUAUUUUUUGGUGACACAGUACAUUUUUAUUUUUAUGCAACUCAUGAUUUCACAGUACUGGGCUUUGUAUGAACCAAAUUAUAAUUUCUAUAAUUAUUAUUAAUAAUAUGUUUGUUUUAUCAGAGGGGAGGACUUUUUUUGUAGCACAACAAAUUGGAACAUCUGUGACCAGAGGCAGCUUUGUGAAAUUGUCAGUUCCUUCAGGUGCUUCUCAGUAUCUCUACUCUCUAUUUCUACUCUUAUGAAGAAAUUUAGGAUUUUAAAGCCUUUUUCUAGAAAGUGUUGAUUUUUUUUAUAGGAGCUUCUUUCUCUCUCUGAUAGUCUUAGAAGGUUAAGAUGGAAAUAUAGGCUGUAUUUUACAUGCAUGCGAGUGUAAAGAGAAUAAAGAUUAAAGUUUGUAAAGUUUUUUUUUUUUUUUUAAUUUUUUUUUUAUUAUUAUUAUUAUACCUACUGGUAAUUGGUUGAUACU